GGGGGAUAUUGGGCCGGCCCAUAUGUUUGUUUGGGGUUAAAAAAUAUUUAGGGGCUUAUAAAAAAGAAACAAAAAUUAGGGUUUCUGUGUCUUGUCGCAGUUUGAUUUGGGUAUUCUUCUCCGACCACCGCCGCACACAACAGAAUGGACACUCAAAUUAAGCAUGCUACUGUUGAAAAAGUUAUAGGCCGUACUGGUUCUAGAGGUCAGGUGACUCAAGUUAGAGUGAGGUUUACAGAUGACCAGACCCGUCAUAUCAUGAGGAACGUGAAAGGGCCGGUCAGAGUAGGAGAUACACUCACUCUGCUCGAGUCUGAAAGAGAAGCAAGAAGGUUGCGCUAGAGAAACUCUCAAUUGUCUGGUGCAGGAUUUUAUGAAACAUUGGUUUUUUGGUUUUUUUUUUAUGGAUAAUGGUUUUGUCCAAUAAUACUUGAUUAUGAACCUGUUGUGACAUGGCCUUUUAUUUGGCCGAGUUUUGAGUAAAACUUUGCGCUUUGAUUAUGCGUUA